UACUACCAGCUCAACUGCAAGCAGUUGUGAUACGGAAUUUACAAAGGAGGAUGAGCAGCGGCUGAAGGAUUACAUCCAGCAGUUGAAAAAUGACAGGGCAGCAGUGAAACUGACGAUGCUGGAGCUGGAAAGCAUCCACAUUGAUCCCCUUAGUUAUGACGUUAAACCUCGUGGAGACAGCCAGAGACUAGACCUGGAAAAUGCAGUCUUGAUGCAGGAACUUAUGGCAAUGAAGGAGGAGAUGGCAGAGCUCAAGGCACAGCUUUACCUACUAGAGAAGGAGAAGAAGGCAUUGGAAUUGAAACUGAGCACUCGAGAGGCCCAGGAGCAGGCCUACCUCGUCCAUAUUGAGCACUUGAAGUCUGAAGUGGAAGAGCAAAAAGAGCAGAGAAUGAGAUCUCUCAGCUCAACCAGCAGCGGAAGCAAAGACAAAUUGGGCAAGGAAUGCAGUGAUGGCACCGUAACGCCGUUAACACUAGCUGAGCUGAGACCGUACGACGAGAGUGAACUGACUGCUGAACUGACAAACGCACUCAGGCGGGAGAAGAAACUGAAAGCUAGAGUGCAAGAGUUAGUGAGUGCUCUGGAGAGACUCACGAAGAGCAGUGAAAUUAGACAUCAGCAGUCUGCAGAAUUUGUUAAUGACCUUAAAAGGGCAAACAGCAACUUGGUAGCAGCUUAUGAAAAAGCAAAGAAAAAGCAUCAAAAUAAGCUGAAGAAACUGGAAUCGCAAAUGAUGGCCAUGGUGGAGAGACACGAAACACAACCUGUUUUUGAGUGA